GUACAACUUUAGUUCUCCUUUUACUUACUCAGAUAUUUGAAGCGGUUAGUUUCAAAUGCCGUAUGUGAAUAUGCCAAAUUGUCAGCCCUAAUGUACAACUACGAUGGAGAGACGGUGGAGAUUUUUAGCUAGGUCUAAGAGCAUGGUCAUGGGGGAGCUCUCCCGCAGCUCCAGCAGGCCAUCGUCCCCCAGCCUCCAAGACAGAGCGUUGAAAGCUGGCUGGCUUAAGAAACAACGCAGCAUCAUGAAGAACUGGCAACUGCGCUGGUUCGUGCUCCGAACUGACCAGCUUUACUUCUACAAGGAUGAGGAGGAAACUAAACCACAGGGAUGUAUCCCAUUGCAAGGUAGUCAAGUCAAUGAGCUGACAGCCAAUCCCGAAGAACCUGGGCGGCAUCUUUUUGAAAUAGUUCCAGGCUGUACAGGAGAGAAAGACAGAUCGGCUCUCAGCCAUGAGGCUUUCCUGCUCAUGGCAAACUCCCAGAAUGACAUGGAGGACUGGGUCAAAGCCAUUAGACGUGUCAUCUGGGCUCCCUUUGGAGGAGGCAUCUUUGGUCAGCGCCUGGAAGACACUGUACAGUAUGAGAGAAAGUUUGGAUCCCGACUGGCCCCUUUGCUGGUGGAGCAGUGUGUGGAUUUUAUAAGGGAACAGGGUCUGAAAGAGGAGGGUCUCUUCAGGAUGCCAGGACAGGCCAACCUGGUCAAAGAACUGCAGGAUGCUUUUGACUGUGGAGAUAAGCCUCUAUUUGACAGUAACACUGACGUUCAUACAGUGGCGUCCCUACUGAAGCUUUAUCUCAGGGAGUUGCCAGAGCCUGUGAUCCCCUUUAACAAAUAUGAGGACUUUUUAACCUGUGCACAGCUUCUGCUAAAAGAUGAAGAAGUGGGACUCAGUGAGCUUGUGAAGCAGGUGAACACUCUUCCUCAGGCUAAUUAUAAUUUGUUAAAGUACAUUUGCAAAUUCUUAGAUGAGGUGCAAUCACACUCGAAUGAGAAUAAGAUGAGCGUUCAGAAUCUCGCAACAGUUUUUGGACCAAAUAUCCUUCGGCCUAAAGUAGAGGACCCUGUUUCAAUGAUGGAAGGAACCUCCCAGGUUCAGCACCUGAUGACGUUGUUGAUCAGUGAACAUGAGCGUCUGUAUGUUGGGACUGAGGGAGAUGUGUCUUCCGAGCAGACUGGAAGUUGUCUUCAGGGUCACCGUGGCAUGGCGGAGUGGAUCUCCGAUGAGGAGAUGCUGAACUGCUCAUCACCAAGCCAGUCGUCCAAAGUGGCAGAGAGUGUGAGUGGCAGUGCCACAUCUUUAGAUAUCAAUACAGGUGCCCCUACCACUGCCAAAAUGACACCUCAGGGAAAAGCUGGGGUGACCGUCAGCCCUAGCAAACAAGCGAAAUCCCUCCCCUCCUGGAAAUACUCCUUCAAGAGCGGAGGGGUACGUGCUCAGCCCGCAAAAAUUGGAGGCUCGUCUGUGGACGUGUCCACCUUGCCCAUUACAGGCAACUGGCUGAUGAACGGGCUUUCUUCUCUGCGCAGCCACCGGCGUACAUCUUCAGGAGAGCGCAUGGGCAAGGAUUCAGCCCUGUCACAUCGUCUAUCCACUUACGACAACGUGACCUCAUCAAGUCUCAGCGUACCCAGCGUCGCGAGCACGCCCUGGUCCACGUCUUCCUGUGAGAUCUUAGUGGCCGACUCUGUGGGAAGUGACCCCUCUGGACUGAACUCUGUAAAGGGCGACUGGUCAGUUGGAGGGUCUGUCCGAGGGCAAAGUGAAGAUAGGAAUUCGGAGGUCACUGAGAGCAGCGAAGCACUGGAAAUGUGUGUAAGCAGUGCAGGCUGCAGCGAGAAUGGAAAUGUAGAAGAUGCAGUGAACGUUACAGAAGAUACUGAAAUUAGCACGACAGCACUUAAUGGCCUGGUAACAGAGCUGAAAGAUGAGUUAAAGAAACAGAAGGUCAACUAUGAAUCACGAAUACGAAGGCUAGAGGAAUCAAGUGUCACUAUGCGUAACCAAAUGGAGAGACUAGAGGAGGAGUUGGACCAGGAGAAGAAAAAGUAUCGCAUGUUGGAAAUUAAACUCCGCAACUCUGAGCGGGCCCGUGAGGACGCAGAGACCCGCAACCGCUUGCUUCAGAACGAGAUGGAGGAGUUCUUCUCCACUUUGGGAGAUCUUACGUUGGGAACAAGGACAAGCAAAAUUUGAUCGGCCCUCUAACAGGCCUCCCGAUUUAACACUGAGAGACAAUGUGUUUGUUGUAGAUAGAAUUUGGAAAUCUCUCUGCUCAUGCAUCAUGAGUAUUCAGAGGUAAUUUUGUGCUGUUUUGUUACGGCGACUUGAUUAUGUGUAGCAGUUACAUUUUUCUCUCUGAUCUUCAGUCUUACAUUUUAAAGGGAUAGUUCACAGAAAAAUACAACUUCAAUGGUUAUUUACUCACCCUCAUAUCGUUCCAAACAAAUACGCUGUUUUUCUGGAGAGAAAAAAAAGGAUUUUCACAAGUAGUGCACAUUUUGUGUGAAGAACAUACUAAAAUGUAAAUCUUAUUCUUAAUGUCAAACUUUCCACACUUGCUAUUUGUAAAUAAUAACAAUAGUUUCAUUUUCAGGUGAACUAUUCCUUUAAGGUGCCAUUCAGUUAUUAGCAUUCGUCACUUGCAUAACCUAACAUGCACAGAUGAUACCAAAGCAUGACAUUUCUGACCAGACUGUUUGCAGUAUUGGCCUCUCACAAAGGCAGGUCAUCUUAAUGGCAUUUCCUCUUAAUGCAUGGUAUGAAAGAUGUCCUGCUGAACUGUCUCUUGAGGUUUUGGUGAAAAUAUCACACAAUCUUUUUUCAUCCAAAAUCUGCAUCCUUUAAAACCAGUCACUAUAUACAAACUACAUCCCAUCACACCGUGCCUCACACUUCCAGACAUGAGAUCAACUGUUACACCAUCAGACCUCACAGACACAAACACUUUUCAGCAAAUCCCUUUAUUGUAAGUAAAAUGCACUAGAAUAAAAGACUUUUUUCCGAUUAGAUGAGGUGACACCAUCCAAACUGUACAACUGGUAAAAUCUCAGCGGUAUCGAAUGAUUAUUUCAGCUGCAAGAUUGCCAAGGCUAGUAUUUAUUUAAGCUUAUUAAUGUACCUAGAACUAUUUCUCAGGUGGUGUUUUUCAAAACACUCAGUGAAAGAGUGUCUUUAUAUAAAAUAGAUGAUGGAACUAAGGCUGACAUAUACUUGAAUGUGUUAAAGUAGUUUUUUUAAAGUAUGCACAUACUGUAUGUUCAUGUGGUCAUUUUUUUCUGUUAAUUGAUUCCUGAAUGCAGAAAGUGCCAAAGUAGAGGUCCUCAAAAAAUGGGUGUUUUAUUUCAAAUGAAGACUGACUAGUCUUCGUAAUAAAUUGCCCUUUACCAAACAAUAUUGUGACUUAAUGACACAUCAAAGAAGUCUGAAGUGGUAUAAAAACUGAAUCAUAUACUGACUGUCCAAAUUAGUUUUUUUUUUUUUAUCAAAGAUUUCAAAGAUUAAUACUGUCAAGGGCUAACUUAAAAGGAUAAUUCACCCAAAAAUGAAAAUUCUGUCAUCAGUUACACUCGUCUUUAUAAACAUUUGUUUAUCUUCUAAACAAAAAUAAAUUAAUAAAACCUGAGAGAUUUUUGUACUGCCAACAAAAAGUCCAUUCUACGUCUCGUCAAUGUUUACAUGUGACUAAAAGCCUACGUAAAUCGGUAAAGGCUAGAAAGGAUACAGAUUUGUUCAUCAUAUUUAACAAUUGUGUCUACUCAGAAUACCUGGAUUAAACCACUCAAUUCAUAUAAAUUUCCUUUAUAAACUUUUUUAAAGGCGUCAGAUGUUUUGCUGUAAUGAACUUCCAACAGAGGGACAGAAAAAACAGCCUUUUGUGUUUUGAAGAUGAAUUAACGUUUAUAAAUUUGUAAAUUUUCAUUUUUGGGUGAACUAAACCUUCCAGGUCCUUGGUAAUACACAGUCAAAUCAAAAUUUAUUCAGACACCUUCUCACAUUAUCACAGUUUAUUCACUAUAGUUUAGAAAACGGUAAUAAAAAAUGACAAGUUAAACUGUGUCAGAACAAAUUCAUCUUGAUAAUGUCACAUAACUUUGAUAGAAAGAUACAUAAUGGAUUACAAUGACCAGACAACUGUAUGACUAUAUUUACACAACUAUUAAUACAUUAUUGACCAAUUACCAAGCAAUGCUUAAUUUUGUUCAGUCUGUGGUGUAAAAAGGUCACAUUAGCAAAUAAAGAAAAAACACAAGCAAAACAUGUUCAGGUCAAGGUGUCCAAAUAAAAAAAUAGUCUACUAUAUGAGAACUUUUGGGGUAUAAUGUCACAAUUUACUUCAUUUUGCUAUCUUCACUUACAUAAAUGAACUUUAGUGUCCUGCAACCACUAGUACCAAAAAAAUAUAUAUAAAAUAUUAUAUCUGGUGUCUGAAUAAUUUUUGGUUUUUCUGUAUGUAGAAAGCAGCAACAAUUUCAAAAGUUGUUCAUGGUCACAAUAAAUUAAAUUUAAAACUUUUUGGAAAGGGGACAGUGAUGGGGGGGAAAAACAACACACACAAGCAAACCCAUUUUCUAACUGUUUAUUUCAGUUUUUCCAGUUAUGAUGUUAACACAGUUGAAUUUCAGUGUGUUCUAAUGAGGUGGUAAUCUGCUAACCCUAAUAUAAAACAACUGCAUUGGUUUGUGAAAUCUAAUAAACCCAGCACCAUGAUCUUA